AUACAAUAAGAUCUAAUCCAAAAACUCAAUUAAUUCCUUUGAUCUUAUUAUCUGCAAAAGUUGGUGAAGAUUCAAGUAUUGAAGGAUUGGAUAAAGGAGCAGAUGAUUAUUUGACGAAACCAUUUUCUUCACGAGAAUUAAUUACACGUAUUCGAACAAAUAUUGAACUUUCACAACUUCGUCGUAAAUUCUUAUUUCAACAAUGUAAACAAGAACAAACAAAGCAAUUAUUAUUUUCAAUUUCGAAUAAAAUUCUAUCCGGAUUCGAUUUAAAGGAAAUACUUUCAAGUAUUAUUGGAGAAAUUCAUCAAAUAUUACCAAGUGAAAGAAUAUUCAUUAUUUCAUGUGAAUUACCUGAAUUUAAAAAUCGUACAAUAAUUGCUUUAUCAGAAGAUAAUAAAUCUUUGAUAAAUAUAUCAUUUAUGAAACAAACAAUUAUUAAUUCUCAAAAAAUUUUAAAUAUUAAUUCUGGAGUAGAAAUUUCUUUUGAUACAUAUUGUUUAGAUACUUUUAAAAAAGUAUCAAUGUUAUCUGUUGAAAUAAAAGUUGAUAAUAUUUAUAAAGGAUGGAUAAAAGCACAUAGACCACCAAAUUCUACUUGGCUUGAUUCAGAAAUAGAAAUGUUACAACAAAUAUCUAAUCAAAUAAAUUUGGCUAUUAUUCAUGCAAAUUUAUUAAAAGAUAAAUUAGAAAAGGAAGUUCAAAUAAAAGCUAAUGAAGUUGCAAAUAUUGUUAAAAGUCAAAUAUUGGCAAAUACUUCUCAUGAAUUAAGAACUCCGUUAGGUGCGGUAGUGGGCAUUCUUUCUUCCUUUGAUCGUACUAAUCUGACUGAUGAUCAAAAAGAUAUGAUUAAUAUAAUGACACGCGCUUCAGAUGCUGUAUUAUAUACCGUCAAUAAUAUUCUUGAUGCAGCAAAAUUAAAAGCACAAAAAAUCAUAUUAAUAAAUGAUAAAUUCGAUUUAUUGAAUUUAUUUGAGGAAAUAAUUGAAUCAUUUAGUGAAAGAGCUGGUGCUAAACAAGUUGAAUUAAUCUUGAACUGUGAGGUGGAUAAAUUACCAAAAUAUGUUAAAAAAGGAGAGAUUGUAUUAAAAAUUUCAUUACAACCAUUACAAUCACAGAAAGUCAUUGAUGGUAAGCCGAUUAAAAAGGCUAAUUUAUUGAUUGAAGUAUUUGAUACUGGCAUUGGCGUUGAACCAGAAUUUAUAAGACAAGAUUGGGAAAGUUUUUCUCAAGGUGAUAUAUCAAUAAAUAGACGACAACAUGGUACAGGACUUGGACUUUCAAUAUGUAAAAAAUUAGUAACAAUUAAUGGUGGUGAAAUUAAUGUAGAAAGUCAAUUAGGAAAAGGAAGUAAAUUUUGGUUUACUUGGAAUGUAGAAUUAUUAACAAAAACUUCAGAAUUACAAAUUAACUCACCAAAAUUACAAUUUGAUGAAAAAGUCAAUUAUUGUUCAUCAUAUAUUAUGAAAUUAAAUCGGAUAUUAAUAAUUCAUCCAGUAAAAAGUGUAAGAGAUGCAAUGAUAAAAUAUUUUAAAAAGGCUGAAAAGGUUGACACUUUUGAUAAAUUUGAUAAAGGUAUUAUUCAAGAAGUAAAAAAUUACAAACAAUUAUAUAAUCAAUCUGCAUAUGAUAUAAUAUUCAUACGGAUUUAUGAAAAAAAUGAAAAAGAGGUUAUAAAAUUAAUAUUAGAAUUAAGAGAAAUAGGAAUUAAUAUGGAUAAAUUAUUAAUAGUUUUUAUAACAUUUCCAAAUAAUACAGGAAAAGCGUUGGCAGAAAAAUUAGUUAAAAAAAUUGGUGGUCAAAUAGCAAUUAUUUAUACUCCAAUUACAUGGAGUAAGUUAAUUAAUUUAUUAUCACAUAUAAAAGAUAACAAAGUUAUUAAUAGAAAAUGCAAUAUAGAAAGUAUUUCUACAAAUACAAAUAUUUUAAAAGAAAUUACAAACAAUAAUAAUAGUGAAAGAAUAGCCUCUAAGAAUGGAUUAAACUCGGCUUGUAAGA